GUCAACGGCGGCUCAAUAGGAACUUCUAUCUCUAACAUUCACUCGUGCCUCUAACAACCGUCAGGAUCAACCACGAGCAUACCUUGGUCCUAUGCAUUCUAUAAGACAACAGACCUUCCCGUAUCAAGACUUUUUUCGUCUUCUUCUCUCGAUCAAAGACGCAGCCAUCCGACUACUCGACACGACUCUAUUGCAUCUCAAGAAUUACUUCUUGCAGUGCCCUCGGGCAUUUUCAUCGCUCGCUUCUUUUACCUAUCUUCCGAUAUCAAUCAGCAAUACCACCAUGUCGCUCUCCAAACCCGUUCUCGCCGGCAUCGGCGAUAGCACUCCGUUGCCCAUCCGGCUCAUCGCCAACAACGGCGAUACUCGUCAGGUCUACAAAAUCGUCCGUCUGACUAGCGGUGGUCUUGUCCCCAGUUGUCCCAUCAUCGACAACAGCGACGACAUCACUUCUUUAAACUCCCCCAGAGGCUCCCCCAUCAUCGCACCUCGACUACCCGUCGAGCUCCUCAUGUGCAUCUGCGACUUUCUCCCCGACCGCAAAGACAUCGUCAAUCUGUCAGCCACCUGCCAGGAACUCCGCGGCGCGCUUUAUUUCACGCUGGUCCAUCGGGAUCUCCGCUCCGGCGAGCUUAUCACCUUGAAGUAUGGCCUCCAAACCCGCAACAUGAGAGUCAUCGAGCCGUUUUUCGAUCGCUAUCGGCAUCUGAUCACGCGUCUCACGGUGACUCCCAAGGAGAAGGAGGUGAAACCCGACAAAAAGGUCACCGGCAAGAAGGAGGUCACUACUACCAAGAAGGACACUACUCCCAAGAAUGACAAUGACAAGAACAAUGACAAGGCCGGCACCACCAGCAACCAAACAGCCCUUGUGCUCCCAGUUCGCACAAGACAACCACGUCCCCCCACAACCAUCAUCUCCUUCCGCGACGAACACCUCCCCUCCCUCCGGCUCAUCCGGCCCCUCCUCACCUCCGCCCUCGAGAAGGCCCUUAUCGCCCACGACCUCACCUUCGCCGAACACCUUCUCUGGCACGCCAGAAAGGAUCUGAUCCCCAGCCUCACGCCCGUCCUGGAAUCGGUGCUCUGGACGGCCUUUAACCCCAACACCUGUCCUCGUACCGGUAAAUCUCUCGUCAACAAACGCCCAGACCACCGCACAUGUGCAGCAGACCCAGGCUCUGUUAAGCCUAUUGUAUGGACCUGGAAGACCUGUCCCUUGGCUGCUGUCAAGCUAUUAGUAAAAUUUGGAGCGAAGGGGAAUCGUGCCGGUCUUUUGGUGAAGGAAAAGAAGACUCGGAAGAGGAGGAGGGCCGGGGGGUUGUUUGGUGGGAAUGGUGGGAAUGGUGGGAAUGAUGGUGGAAACGGCGACCUCAACUUCAACGUCCUUAUCGCCAAUGGGCUGAUCUCCGAGAGGGACGAGGACCCCGAAACUCCUGAUGUCUACGAUGGCUACUACCGCUCCAAAACGGAAACCCCGCAAGCUCACGUUCACAAGCCGGCCAUGAUGCCGCCUGGUCGGUUGUGGACGGGUUUGGAGCGGGUUGCGUUCUUUUAUGAAGAGGCAUGUGAGCGCGCGGCGGCGUCUGCUGCUAGUGCUGUUGCUGUUGCUGCUGCUGCUGCCGGUUCUGCUGGCUUUGGUGCUGAUGUUGGUCCUGCUGCUGCUACUGCUGUUGCUGCUGCUGGCUUUGGUGCUGAUGUCGGUCCUGCUGCUGCUACUGCCGGUUCUGCUGACUCUGGUGCUGAUGUUGGUCCUGCUGCUGCUGCUGCUUCUGCGGGCGCUGCUGCUCCGGUGGCUACUAAGAGCAGGGGCAUAAAACGCAACUUAUCUGGUAGUUUUCGCAACCCAGGUUCGGGUUCGGGUUCGGAGCCUACUAGCCCUGGCACUGGCACUGGCACUGGCAGCAAAGAACGUCGCUUCUUCCCGGUAACAUGCGAACGUCACGCCGCCGAGGGAGGAGGAGAAGGCAGCACUUGCUUCAAGCAGCUUAUCAAAGUCUUGAGCGAGGGUUGUAUCGCUCACGACGACAUGGAGAUCCUCCGAGGAGUUACCAGUUUGAGCAGCAGCAGCAGGGGGCGUGCACCACGUGCACGUGCACCAGCACCAAAAGCUGCUCCCUUUCUAGAACACGACCUCGACAACAUGCUCAAACUCACCGAAAUCACCGUCCCGUUCUUCAAGAUGUCCAUCGACGAGCAAGCAGGGAAGCUGUUUCAGGAGAUCUUUGAGGAAGCUGAGAAAAAAAAAUUCAAGGAGCUGGAUAGGUUGGGGGAGAAGAGAGAGAGGCUCGAGAAGAACAAGAAGAUGAAGAAGACGGAGGAGAACAUGACGAGGACCACCGUACUUGAGGAUAAAGAUGAAGAUGAAGAUGAAGACUUCUGGGUGGAACAGCAGGAGUGGGAUCUUGAUGAGGAGGAGCCAGAGGAGGACGGGGAGUGAGUCAGUGUUCUCUCGAAUAGAGGAGGCACUUUCGUUCCGUGGUUGAGGCCUUCAUGCUGGAGGUUGUAGCAGGGGAGGACGUUCGGGAUUAUUUACCUACAGUACCGCGUCCAGUUAUUCAACCAGGGACAUCUUCUGUUGGAAGUCCGUGCCCUGGGCCGCCCAUUCACUUGGCGCCCAUUCACGGGCACUCCCUUCUAGGGUAUUUAGGCUGCCCUGGUUUCCGUUUCUCCUCUUCCGUUAGACAACUCCAGAAUCAAGCCCUUUUCGUUGUCGCCUUUUCCAGCCUCCAACAUCUUCUCGUCAAGUUGCGUG